AUGGUAUCCACAUCUUAUCCAGAAAAUAUACUUUAUAGUAAUUUAUUGGACAUAACAACAAUCAACAAACUCACUGGCGGACAAACGAUAGUAACUCAAGGGAAACGUAUUCCACCACGUAUGAAUGAUUUAAAGAAACGAAUUGAAAAUGCAUUAAUACGUGGAAAAGUUUUUAUGGCGAGUGGAUCAUGCAACACAAUCCGCCGAUCAUUAUUACUUCGAGGAUGGCUAGAAAAACGUCCAGCAAAUGAUAAAAAGAAUGUUUCAAAUGUUAUUUCGUACACAUCGUUAACUUCAAAACUUGAUACUAUAUUUGCUGAGUUUCAUUUUGAAGAUCGUACCGAUCAAGAAUAUUAUGAACGAGUUCAAGCAGAUAUAUUAUCAAGUUUAUUAACAAAUGUUGUGCCACGUUUUUGUUGGAAUUGUCUUCCAUUCACUAAAAAUAAUAUGCUGCCAGAAAGUACAAUAGUGAAUCGUGUGGGUUCUUCAUUCACAAAUAAAGAAUUCAUCUCACAACACUUGUCUGAAUUAUCGAAAGGGAAUAGUCCAAUGAUUGAUAUACAGUAUCCACGUAGUUAUGCAUCAUGUUACUCCGAGCAGUUUGUUGAAUUCAAGGACAAUUUUCGUUUAACAGCAUCUAUGAGCUUAUUAAAAACGUUUCAAUAUCGUAUUGAACAACAUUCCAUGAGUAGCAUAUUUGACGAAAAUGGAACGUUAGACAUGGAAGUAAUUGAAACAGCGAUUAAAUAUUUAAUGGAAUAUUUAGAGUUUAAAAAGCAUGAAGAUAUUGACAAAAUUGAUGAUUCAAAUUCAUUAACGGAUCUUGAUAAUUGUGAUUCGUUUUUGGAGAAAUGUUUUCAAUUUGUUCAUCGUGGAAAAUUAUUUGAUAAGCACUUCAAACUUAGUAUAUCUAGUUUAUUGAAUAUUAUUCGUGAUUUAUUAAAUAUUGUGGAAAAAUAUUGGCCGCAAUAUCAUUUAGAUGGAAUGCUUAAUAUGUGGCUAGUUAAACCAGCAUAUGGUUCGCGAGGCAAUAACAUUCAUGUGUUAUCCAGUUAUAAAGAUAUACAUAGAUUAGUGACAAAACCAGACCAACGUACACGAUGGGUCAUUCAAAAAUAUGUUGAACAACCUCUGCUCAUUUACAAUACCAAGUUUGAUAUACGUAUUUGGUUUAUUAUAAAGUCAAAGCCAUUUGAAAUAUGGGUGUAUAAGGAAUAUUAUUUACGUUUUUCAUCACGACCAUUUAAUUUAUCUAACUAUCAUGAGUCCAUACAUUUAACAAACUAUUCUGUACAAAAGAAAUAUAAAAAUUGUUAUUUUCAUACUGAUUUACCAGAGAACAAUAUGUGGACUAGUGAUAAAUUUCAGGAAUAUUUACAAGAUAAUGGAUAUUCCAGUAUAUGUUGCGAAAAUAUACUGACAAAAAUGUCUAAAUGCAUUAUUGGAUGUAUAUUAUCAAUUGAAUCAAAUAUAAAACGUCGUGAAAAUUCAUUUCACUUAUAUGGUGCUGAUUUUAUAUUGGAUAAAUUAUGUUCACCGUGGUUAAUUGAAAUUAACUCUUAUCCAGAUAUGUCAUAUUCAACAGAGGUUACUGCCAAUUUAGUGCCAAAAUGCAUGGAGGAUUUAAUUAAAGUAAUCAUUGAUACCCGAAAAAAUCCAGCAGCAUCUACUGGAAAUUUUGCAUGUGUGUUUAGUGAAUCAUUAGUUCAUAACAUAGAUUCAUCUGAUCAAAUUGAUUUGCGUAUUGACGGGAAAGGAAUACAAAUUGAGAAACAUAUGAUAGCAAACGAUGUUUUCACUGAUUCUGGCAUAAUGAUAUUGCCAGGUUUAGAAGACUUUACAACAAAUAGACUCUGUUUAAAACCAAUAAAAUCAAUAGACGUUGUAAAUAAUAAAACAACUAAAGGAAAAUACGCCACACAUUUACGGCGCAUAAAAAAAACAGCACAUUUUAUUUAUGAACCAAAUGUUGUCAAAAAAUUAACAAAUAAGGAUCCAUCACGAAAGAUUGAAUUGCAGCCAAUACCAUCGUUUCAGAUCGGUUUGUUGAAAAAUCAAAUUACAGCCGCACAUUUAAUGUGUUCACAAGAAACUUUUAAAAUAAAAAAUGAUAGUAACGGCUUGGAACCAAGAACUGUAAUGGAAAUGACCCAACACAUAUACAGUGACAUGAAAAAUAAUCAAUUGCAAUUAAUUUUUAAGAAUGAAACUAUGAAUUUACCAUCACCAUUUCCCACAUCAAAAAAGAAUAUACGUAGUAUAAUUAACAAGCGUAGUUUAGUUAAUGUGUCGAAAUUACCAUUACAUUUGUGUAACCCUAAAAUGGAUUUACAUGCGAAAAAUACAAAUAAAACAAAGCGAAUAUCAAAGAGUUCUAAAUUAAAGAGUUCUCAGGAUGCAAACAGUACUGGCGAUCAAAAUAUAUUAAAAAGUGAGCCAUCUUCUCAAAUUGUCAACGAACAUCCUAAGCCAACAAUUGAUAGUAAAAAGACUGCUAAGACAACAAGUAGAGCGAAUUGUGUCUUAAAAAAUAUUUUACAAUUAAAAAACAAUCAGCAAGUUGAUGCACCAAAAUUAUAUAAAGAAAUUCCAAUUACAAAAGUGAAUUUUGAUGGUCAUACGUUAAAUCAAAAUAUCAAAAAACAAAAUGUUAUUACUCUUAGACGAAAUAAACUGAAAUUGUUUUAUCAAAAACCUGACGGCAUUGUUAAUUGA